AUGGCAUGGCAAGCUCCCGCGACCUGGAGAAGUGGUGCUCCACCUGGCAAACUCCGGGUCAAACCUGGAGAGUUCUCAGCUCCUAAACCCUCCUUUCAGGCGACUGGAGCACCAGAUGGUCCCAGCUUAGAACAGCCACUUCCAUCCAUCACAACAGCAGGAAGGAACCCUACCCUGACAUGUCUAAUGAAAGGGAGCAAGACAUCUGAUCACGUGGUGUACUGGUACCGUCAGAAGCAAGAUCGACAGAUCCAGUUUCUGGUGAGCUAUAGGGAGAAAAGUCGGCCGGUGUAUGGAAAGGGAAUCACAGAAAGAUUUAUUCCCGAAGUGGAAGAGUCAAGUAAUGCAUUCCAACUGACUAUUGGCAAUGCUGAAAUAAGUGAUGAGGGAGUCUACUACUGUGCAGUAUGGCUUACCAACCAGUAUGUUUUCGGAGGAGGAACAGAGAUCAGAGUGCAAGGCACAGAAGAUACCCACCGACCACAUCUGUCUCUUUUUGGUCCCUCUCUCAAAGAGAUCCAGUUCCACAAUUCUGCUACUAUUCUGUGCCACACUGCUAAUUUUUCCCCCAGUGCGUUACGUGUAAAGUGGCACCUAAACCAGAUAUCCAUACCUCAUGGGACAUUUACCUUCCCAGUCAUUAAGAAUUCCGACAAUACAUUUGAGCAAACUGCUGGGAUUACAAUCCCAGCCAAACUGUGGAAGCAAGGAGCUGAAAUCAUGUGUGUAUCGGAACAUGAAACGGGUGUCCAAAAUGUAAGCGCAAGAACUUCCACUGAAGAGCCAUCAAUACAUGUCCAAGAAGAUGAACCCUCUUUUCCUCUCCAUGCUUUCAUUACCUACGCUGCACUCCUCGCAAUCAAUGGAACGUAUGGAUUUGCGCUCUUCCUCUGCCUGAUCAAGAGAAAGUUAAACCAAAGACAAAGCAAGAGGCUGUGAUAUCUCCAACACGCAGAUCAUCAGCGCUAAUGCUCCUUCUACUCGCAUGGACAAGCAAUAGUUGUGCUUAAUGUGGUAGACAGAUGGCAUCUAUAUUUCCCUGCUUUUAUAUGUGAACGAAUACAUUAUUAAAGAAAAAUAAAUUCUUCGUAAUAAAAUGUAUACUAAA